GGGGGUACUCCGGUGCUCUCAGAACCGUCUUGAAGUCAUUGCAGUUUCGCUUGCACAGAACGCAGCACACCGCGCUUAGUGGUUUUUCGAAAACGGUUGACACAACCAACCAACCCGCCCAAAGUCGCGAGGGUCGCUCAGUAAAAAUAGCCCACCCAACGCACCCAACCUGUUCCCCGCCCCGCCCCCCGAAUCAACAGCAACAGCAGUCACAAAAUCCCGGGCCACUAACUGCACUAAAACUCACCACACGAAUUCGCGUUUUCGGCAUUUUCACAGCAGUGUGUGUGUGCGCGUUUGUGUGAGUGUGCGAGUGUGUGUGUGUGUGUGUGCGCGCGCGCCUGUCUCUGUGUGCGUGUGUGUGUGCCGGAUCCUUUUGGCGUGCGUCGUGUGGGUCGAUCCACCAGCGGCACCCCCUGUAGGGUUCGCCGCCUGCUCUCGGAUUGCUGCUAUACGUGCGCGCGCUCGCGUGGGGCUAACCAACCAGUGGUGUCCAGGGGCAGUACCUACAGCAGCAGCCGCCAAGACAGCCGACACCCCUUCCCCCACCCCUCUACACCCGUUCAUCCAUCAACCUGAUGCUGCCGCCGUACCGUGCGUGCGUGCGUGCGCCUGUCAUCCGCCUGUCAAUGGCUGCAAACAAUUCGCGGUCGACGACCACCUGGUGAGCUGCGCGCGUGCAGAAAAAGGGAGUGGUGCAGCUGCGGCGCCGUUCGUUGUCGGGAAGCGGCACGGAAAAUCACGAAUGUGCUAACAAAACAAAACGAAACAGGAAGAAAACCCCAGCGUUCAGUGUGAUUAGAUUCGGAAGUGGAAAUUAAACCGACCUACCAGCAACUAGCAGCCCCCAUUAUCGAGGCCAAUUGAGGUGCGAACGUGGCAAUAGUGUGCUAGCAGAGCGACGCCAGGUUGACAGCUAUACAGUAUCAUGUUUGGCAAGGUGCUACAGCAGCAGGAACGCUCAGCAUCCAAGACCGGACAACUCACGAUUCAGCAAUCGUACCAAUCACGCCGCAGCGCGCGACUCAUGUGUCAGUGAGGAGUCACCGUCACAACAGCGCCACACGAACCAAUCAAUCAACAGAUCAGAAUCAAACUGCGCGAAUUCAAGCGACCACCCCACAAGCGCUGCGUGACAAAGGAAGGGAGGAAAGCAAUAGAGCAAAAAAAGGGGUAGGAGUUAAGGGAACGAGUGAGGCUAGAUUUUUAAGGUUGCCCGAAGGCAACAAUAAGAGGUGCUACGGUGUGUGGGUGAAGCCCUACACGUUCACGCAGGUCAACAUUCUGUGCUCUGGACGGUGUUAGAGAUACCGAGAUAUCCCAGUAAACGGGUGUUACGUACGGUGUGUGUACGGUUAAGCGUAUUGUAAGAGGAACUCUGCUUGCUGCGUAGUGUGUCGUCCAUUUGCCGGGGAAUUACCCACUGGGCUAUUUCGCUUCCCACCCGCUACAGUGCGGUGGUACAGUGCGUGUUUGUUUGUAUGUGUACGAGAUAAAAAGGGAAAGGGAGAGAACGAGAGAGAGAUAGAAAUAGAGAAAAAGGAAAGAGAAAGAGAGAGAAAGCGAGAAGAUAACGAGAUAACGAGAGUAAAAAAGUGAGUGAGAACAAUCGAUCGUACGGUUGAUUUCGUCCAAUCCGCACCACCACCCGUCCCCCCACCAUCACCUACAACCCAGUGACCAACAUGGCGGCCCAGCCAGCGUGCACACGCUUCUCCGACAACUACGAGCUGAAGGAGGAGCUCGGCAAGGGCGCCUUCUCGAUCGUGAAGCGGUGCGUGCAGAAGUCGACCGGGUUCGAGUUUGCGGCGAAGAUCAUCAACACGAAGAAGCUGACGUCGCGCGACUUCCAGAAGCUCGAGCGGGAGGCCCGGAUAUGCAGAAAGCUACAGCAUCCGAACAUCGUUCGCUUGCACGACAGCAUUCAGGAGGAGAACUUCCACUACCUAGUGUUCGAUCUCGUGACCGGGGGCGAGCUGUUCGAGGACAUCGUCGCGCGCGAGUUCUACUCGGAGGCGGACGCGUCCCACUGCAUACAGCAGAUCCUAGAGUCGGUGAACCACUGCCAUCAGAACGGUGUCGUCCAUCGGGACCUGAAGCCGGAGAACCUGUUGCUGGCGAGCAAGGCGAAGGGUGCGGCAGUGAAGCUGGCCGACUUCGGGCUGGCGAUCGAGGUGCAGGGCGACCAGCAGGCGUGGUUCGGGUUCGCCGGCACGCCCGGCUACCUCUCGCCGGAGGUGCUGAAAAAGGAGCCGUACGGGAAGGCGGUCGACAUCUGGGCGUGUGGCGUCAUCCUGUACAUCCUGCUCGUCGGCUACCCGCCGUUCUGGGACGAGGAUCAGCACCGGCUAUACGUGCAGAUUAAGGCGGGCACGUACGACUACCCGUCGCCGGAAUGGGACACGGUGACGCCCGAGGCGAAAAGCCUGAUCAACCAGAUGUUAACAGUGAACCCGUACAAGCGCAUCUCGGCCGCCGAUGCCCUGAAGCACCCGUGGAUCUGCCAGCGCGAGCGCGUCGCCUCGGUCGUCCACCGACAGGAGACGGUCGACUGCUUGAAGAAGUUCAACGCACGCCGCAAGCUGAAGGGUGCGAUCCUCACCACCAUGCUGGCGACCCGCAACUUCUCCAGCAAGAGCAUGAUCGCAAAGAAGGGCGACGGCUCGCAGGUGAAGGAGUCGACCGACUCCUCCAGCACCACGGUCGAGGACGAUGACUGUAAGGCGCGCCGGCAGGAGAUCAUCAAGAUUACCGAACAGCUGAUCGAAGCAAUAAACAACGGCGACUACGAGACGUACACGAAGAUCUGCGACCCGCACCUGACCUCGUUCGAGCCGGAAGCGCUCGGCAACCUGAUCGAGGGCAUGGACUUCCACAAGUUCAACUUCGAGAACGUGCUCGGCAAGAGCAACAAGGCGAUCAACACCACCAUCCUGAAUCCGCACGUGCACAUCUUCGGCGAGGACACCGCCUGCAUCGCGUACGUCCGGCUGACGCAGUACAUCGACAAGCAGGGCCACCCGCACACGGUCCAGACGGAGGAGACGAGGGUGUGGCAUAAAAAGGACAACAAGUGGCAGAACGUCCACUUUCACGGCAGCCGCAACGGCAGCUUUAGCAACACCGCGACACAAUACGACUUUGUCAACCACAAGUAGAUCGGCCAUCCUCGGUGGUAGCGAGACGGUGGUACUGCGGCAAGGGGGUGUGGUUCGGCAGCGGCAGCGUACAGCAGUUACUGCAACCAUUACUAUUACUACUACUACUGAUACUACUGCUACUACUACUGCUACUACUAUUACUUACAACUACUACAAACCAAACACUUUUUCGCUUGUAAGAUUGAAGCAAUCCACGACGACGACGACGACGAAGCGAGGGGUUGGGCGAGGGAGAGGGGGAAUGGAGAGGAAUCACAACAAAUGUCAUGGAGCGAGGAAGCAGGGAAGGGAACGAAAACGGAAAGCGAAAGCGAACCAAGUCACGAGUUGGUAGUAUCACCACGAUGAAAAAUGAAGUAAUCAGAUGAAAUCGCAAAAUCGUAUAUUUAUUGAGGAACUUCAAAUUUUCUGCCUCAUACCUUUUCUCUUUUUGAUGCACCAAAAACAACAAACACACGUGAAAACAAAAAAUGAUGGCAAGGCAAACAAAAAAAAAAACAAAUAAACAAGUUAAAAAUGCUCCAAAAAAAAACAAAGAAACAAACACAUAAACACCAUCACACAUACACAAUCCUAUUUCCAUUUGCACUUUGCUCUUCUUAAAUACAUUUUCCCUCCAACGACCAAUGCAACUCCUUUCGCUCCUCCGCUUCAUAUCCCCCCUCUCCCCGCCCACUACUGCUCUCCAGCUCUACCACACUCAUCUCGCUUUCUUCCAUCGUCCUUUUGCACCAUUUGAACAUUUAAAAAAACAUAUACAAACACACACACACACACUCAUACACACGUGCGCACAUUUACAUUCUUCUUAAGGUUAAGGAUGGGCAACCUAAUGGAGCCGCGCGCCAAAUUUGAAAUUGAAACUGUAUUUCGCGAUCGCACGAUGAUCGCUAAAGAGCUUUGGGGAGUGCCGCAGGAGAAUGCUGGGCUAGUUGGCUGCUAACCUUGAUGAUGUUCCGAUACAACACGGUUUUUGGAAAGUAUGGCCAUUGAUUGUGGUUUCUUUGACUGAAUGUUUAAAUGAUGCUUGCCAAACAUAAACCCGAAACUAUCUUGCCAUUCAACUAAAGAAGAGUUUGUUUUUUUAUGUUUAAUUUCUACGUUAAUAUGUUAAAUGGAAUGAAAUGUGCAGUUUAUCCGACUCUGAUGCUCUGGUGCGAAAUGGUAGGGCAUUGUAUUUUUAUUUUUUUUUUACAAAACCGCCGGUUUUAGAGCCCACCUUGUAUUAUGUAUUAGAGCCCAACAAAGAAACCGAUAGCUUCGUCACUUCAAAUUUGUUUCGCAGGCCAGAGGUUGUUUGCGUUCUUCGAAAAUUCGAACUAGAAACAUGCGUUCAAAGCAUUGAAGCAGCACAACGGCAAGAUAAAUCAUUAUCUUGUAAUUAUAACAGGCGGGCAUGUGCAGAUUGUGGUGCAACUUCAUUAUGCAACGAUAAAAACAAGCAGCAGCGUGAAACAGCGCAAACCAGAGCGAACGGGAGUUGUGGAUGGGACGGAUUCAAUGUACAGGCAGAACAACGUUUACCGUAGUACACACGAGCAUAACGUCUCUUCAAACUGCUGUAGUAAGCGUGAACCAGGCAAACGUUACUUACUCGUUUACUCAUGCUUCGAGAACGGUCAGCAGUGGACGCGAUGAACAAGGGCGAAUGUAUGCAACCGUAUUCCAUUGCGAUGUUGUUGUUUUUUUCGUCCAGUUUAUUAUUAUUGUUGUUAUUCAAUGUUGUGCGAUUCAUGCGUGAGAUAGGCACAGAGACAAGCGAGCGAGGGUAGUGGAAGAUUGGAAGGAUGUAGACGACAAACGCGCCACUCUUGCGUCGGCAUGGAUGCUCCGUAGCUCUGCCCGUAUAUCCAUAGCUGCUCAAUUUUAGUGCCCACCAGUCUAGCAAUCAACCCACAUACACACAUGUCUGCGAGUGAAAAAAAGAACGAAACCCCCUACACAAACUUGCGGAAGAACAGAACCAUAGUGCAAAAACAGAAAUAGUAGUAGUACGAACCGAAAGUAACAACAUACACGAACACAGACACAUGCUCGCACGUAUCCAUACGAGGAGCAAGCGUAACGAGAACAAGAAACACAAACUGGUAACGGUUAGGACCAUUCUUGCCGACCAUUUAGCAUUUUAAUCAUGUGUCCCACCUUUACACCUUUAGCAUUUUCCGGGACAAAACUGAGGAGGGAAAUGUUUGCGUUGUGCAUUUACGUGUUUGUGAGCGCAUGUGUUGCACGAGUUUUUUUCCGAAAGGGAAGAGUGUUUGGCAAGGUUGCGUUCCACUCGGACGGGAAGGAAGCAAAUAUAAGCUCAUUCAACAUGCAACCAAGCUCGCUGAUAGUGAAAAAAAAAACAGAACAAAAUCUCUUACACCCUCAUUUCACACACACACAGACAUACACUCCAUAGACAUUUAUAGUUGAUGUCUCUUUUGGAAACGUUUCAAUGGGCAGACACACGAGAAGACCUAGACAAAUGGAGAAAAAAAAAAAACAUUUCCAGAUUGACAAUGUUUAGCGCUCUCUCCGGCCCUUUAUCGAAGGAUAGCUUUAAAGUAGGCUACACGAAUGAUGAAAGGUGAAAUUGCAGUUUGGGACUAUUCAUACCGAGACUCAGUCUACAUCCACAAAGCGAUACACAUGCGCCCCAAAUGAUGUGUGUUAGUGUAUAUGGAUGUAUGUAUGUCUGUGUCUUUGUGUGUGUAUGUGUUGGUGAAUGGUUUGUAUGGAUGCAAGCAUUUAAAACCAAUCCGCUCCUUUGCUAUUUGUAUCCUUAGAAGAAAGGGAAAAAAUUAGGCAAGAUUCCUUGCCUCCAUCAAAGAUGGUGAAAGGAAGUGCUCACUUACAAAAAAAAAAACAUCAACAAAUACUAGUUCGCUUCACAACACAACACACUCACUACGAGCGAAAGGAACUCAUCCCGCUAGUAAUGUACGAAUACAAUUUCAAGUUCACAACCGCGACGCUGUAAACAAGCGCUAGUUAGUAGUAACGAAGUGUAUGCAAGUAUUUCUACAAAUACGCAAACACACACACACACAUCCAUACACACAGUUACAAACACACGAAGAAGAAGAACAAAACGGACAUUACUGUACUACACAUCUACAGUAUCUGCGGAUAGGAAAAGUAGCCGCUCUAUCACAUGCUUGCUAAGAUGUAACACGUAAGUGAAAGUUGCACUGAGCGAACGGGCAAAGCAAAGGGCAGCGCAGGGAUGGCAGCAAGUAGGAGAAAUAUAAACACAAAACAACCAACAUAUUAUAAAUCUUGUGGGAGACAACUUGGGGAACACGGAAAGAUCGUAGCUAUUUAACAUAAAUAUUUAACAGAGAAGCAAAAAAAAAUAGAACCAACAGCGUGCGGGAAGAAAGGCGGCAACGACUAGCCGAAUGGAGAAGGAGACGCAUAAAGAUGAGAGAGAGAGAGAGAGAGAAAGAGAGAGAGAGAGA